AUGGCUGUGUGGAACGGGCCAGCAUUCGCUGGCUUCCUGGCGGUGGCCUUCGGCUCCCUCCUGCUGCUGCAGCCCGAGCUGCCCGGCUCGGCGCUGCGUGCGCUCUGGGGCUCUCUGCACGGGGGAGCCUCCGCCGAGAGCCGGCUAGCGGCGGCCUGGGAGGCGCUCAUCGUGCGCCCGGAGCGAUCGUGGAGCCGCGUGGCCGUGGGAGUCAAUGCCUGUGUGGAUGUAGUCCUCUCGGGAGUGAAGCUCUUGCAGGCACUUGGCCUCAGUCCUGGUGAUGGGGAAGAUCAUAGCGUCUUACAUUCAAGAAAAGAUCUGGAAGAAGCCUUCAUUCACUUCAUGGGCAAGGGAGCAGCUGCUGAGCGUUUCUUUAGUGAUGGAGAGUCUUUUCACAACAUCUCCCAGAUCGCAUCAGAGCUCCCAGGAGCCCAGCACUAUGUUGGAGGAAAUGCAGCUUUAAUUGGGCAGAAGCUUGCAGCAAAUUCAGACUUGAAGGUUCUUCUUUGUGGUCCAGUUGGCCCCAAGCUGCAUCAACUUCUUGAUGACAAUAUAGUUGUUCCCCCAGAAUCAAUGCAAGAAAUAGAUGAGUUCCACCUCAUUUUGGAAUAUCAAGCAGGGGAGCAGUGGGGACCGUUGACUGCACCCAAUGCCAACCGGUUCAUCUUCUCACAUGAUCUAUCCAAUGGAGCCAUGAAUAUGCUGGAAGUGUUUGUGUCCAGUCUGGAAGAGUUUCAGCCAGACCUUGUGGUCCUGUCUGGAUUGCACAUGAUGGAAGGGCAGACCAAGGAGAUUCAGAAGAAGAGACUUCAGGAGGCUGUGAUGUCUAUCUCUGAUAUACCUACGGACAUUCCUGUUCACUUAGAAUUGGCCAGUAUGACUGAUCGGGAACUUAUGAGCAGUAUCAUGCAUCAGCAGGUUUUCCCUCUGGUGAAUUCCCUUGGAUUGAAUGAACAAGAGCUGCUCUUCCUUAGUCAGUCAGCAUCUGGUCCUCACUCCUCCCUCCUGGCGUGGAGCGGCGUCCCCGACGUGGGUGUCGUCAGUGACAUUCUCUUCUGGAUCCUGAAGGAGCACGGCAGGAGUCAAGAGCGAGCGUCGGACCUCACCCGCAUCCAUUUCCAUACUCUGGCCUACCACAUCGUGGCCACUGUGGACGGGCACUGGGGCAACCAGCUGGCAUCCGUCGCAGCAGGAGCCCGCGUGGCGGGGACACAGGCUUGUGCCACAGAGACCAUCGACAGCGGCCGAGUGUCGCUCAAGGCUCCGCUGGCGUUUGUGACUUCCCACUCGGAGGCGGGCGCCAGAGUGUCUGUGAAUCCAGAGGAGCCGGUGGUGCAGUGGCACCGAGAGGGCGUCUCCUUUCAUUUCACCCCCGUCCUGGUGUGUAAGGAUCCCGUCCGGACGGUGGGCCUUGGGGAUGCCAUUUCAGCAGAAGGACUUUUCUAUUCAGAAGUGUACCCGCACUGACGGGGACGGGCGGCGCGCCUCUGAGGAAGGGCAGGCCGGUGUCUAAGCAAGCUUGAGAUCUAAUUGGAGGAGAGCCAAAGAAAUCACUGUAUCAAACACAUUCCAGCCUCUUGGCGUUGACAGGGAAGCAUUUAGAUUUUAAUCAAGAAAUUUUAGCUCUUUACUGGUAAGACUGGAUGUGCGUGUGUCUGCGCAUGUGUGUGUGUGUUCUCUGCAGAAUGCCAAUUGCUCACUUAACCCAGCUUCUUAGCAUUGUCAGAGAGCCUGGAGAGCCGGAGGGAGGAUCCCCUCCUGGUCAGCCCUGGCCCUGCCGGGCUUCGGAUGACGCCUCUCCGGGAGUGCAUUGCUCGGUGGCCGGAGCCACAUUCCAUUGUGACGAUCAAGAAGGGGCGGGCAGCCUGCUGUGUGUCUGAGAGCACAAGAGCCGCCUCUGCCCUGGGGCGCCUGGCCUGGCCUCGAUGGCGGAAGGCUGAGUAAUUGCUAUGGAAGAUUGGCUGUUUGUGCUCUGAUCCUUCUGUGCAACUGGAAGACGCUUCCCUGUCCAGGAUACAUUGUUCUCUCAAUCAUGUGACACAGACUUAAUUCCAUUACAAGGUGCAAGUUGACUCCUCAGAUGCUGCAAGAAUAGCACCAAAGUGUUAGAUCACCAGGAUCAUGAAAACACAGUUUACCAUGAAUUACAUGAUGUUUUUAUUUUUAUAAUGUGAGGAAACUUUGCUGUGUGCUUUCAGUUUUUUAAAACAUGAUUUACAUUUCAGUUUGCUCAAGAUAAGAACUCUGCAUCUCUGUUUGGCAAACAGUAGAGCCUGGCAUGUAGAGGGGGGCAGCUCAAACAGGAGCUCCCUUCUGCCUGGCAGUGGGAAUUAGGCCAGUUCUCCGGCUCCCGGAGCAUCGGGCACGUCUCCCUCCCGGGGGGGCCUUGUAUGUCGCCCAGCCUCCGGGCGUGUUGUGAGACACGUCUGGGGGAGGGGGCCAGCGUGAGGAGGAAGCGGGAAGGCUGGCGGGGGCCACUCUGUGGAUCUCUCUUGGGCCUUCCUUCCGGGUGAAGGAGAAAUUUGUUCUUGUUAAUUGGCCACAAAAGCAAAGCUGAAAAUAAAGCUGAAGGAAGGCCCAGGUGUUCCGUGGCAUGCAGACAGGACAGCAGCCGUGCUUUGGUUUUAGCGUUUAUUGGCCAGCGCGCCACGUCUGCCUCGGGCUCCUGCCUCCAAACCCCGACCACUCCUGGGGGACGGGGCAGCAGUGCGAGGCUGGGAAGACUUUCUGCUGAGGGACAUUUGAAGACUUGGGGAGCUGUACAACACUGUGAAAAGCACACAGUGCUUAGGAGGACCUGAAGUACCUGUGGUUGUCCUUUUUGCCGUUUUUGCUUUGGACCCCCCUGGCCUAACUCAGGACAAUGAAAUCCAGCUUCCCCGCAUGCCAUUUGUCUAAGAGGGUGAGCUCAUUUGUUCACUCCUUUAUAGUUUAAAACCUAGAGAGAAGGUUGUUCCAUUCUUCCAGGAGAGGCAAGAGAAGGAGAUCUAAAAUAAACCAACCAUUACCCUGUG